AUGUUAGCAAACGGCACUAUGAGGAUGCAGGAUCAAGACGAAUAUGAUUCCCUGGAUGAUCGCAUUUUGACAAUGGAAAAGAAGUCGUGCACUAUGUUCUUCAACGGUGCGCUUAACCUAUCCGGGUUUGCUAAAUAUGAAUCGUGCAUUCUCGGCCUACAGGCGGCCAUUGAAAUGGAGGUUAGCAAGUUAAUGGUGUUUGGUGAUUAUGCACUUAUUAUCCUUCAGACUGUUGGAAAAUGGAGGACUAAAGAUGCCAAACUAGUCCCUUACCAUGAUUAUCUGGGAGACCAUGUAAAGGAGUUUGACAAAAUAUCAUUCGAAUACUUGUCAAGGUCCCAUAAUCAGUUUGCAGAUGCACUUGCAACUUUGUCGUCUAUGCUCAAAGUUACAGAAGGAUUAGAAAUUGAACCUUUAAAGAUUCAAGUGCUUGCGAAGCCAGCUUAUUGCAUGGUAGUGACAGAAGAACCAAACGGAAAACCAUGGUACUACGACAUCAUGACCUAUAUUCAAAAGCGAGAGUUCCCAGAAGGUAGCAAUCCAGCUGACCGGAAACAUCUUAUGAAACUUGCCUCCAAGUUCUUAUAUUAG